GACACCAGCAGGAAGGAGACAGCAGGCUCUUAUUCCUUCUCUCACGGCACUUUUGGACCUCUUUCCCACUCGCUCGCUGUUCGUAUUUCGGGGGGGAGGAGGAGGAGGAGGAGGAGGAGGGAGGGAUUCACCGGGACGCACCAUGCCUGUGGUCGGCGUGGCCUCCAAGCUCAGGCAGCCCUCCACCGCGGCGGUGGGCUCCAAGCCGGUGCACACCGCCCUCCCCAUCCCCAACCCGGUGAGGACGGCCGCCUCGCAGGGCUACAUGGCCCGGCCCCAGGAGCUGAGGGCGGGCGAGGGCGGGGGCGAGGGCACCCCGGGGCUCUCCUGCCAGCUGUCAAUCAAGUCCGAGUACCAGCAGCAGCAGCAGCAGCAGCAGGACAGGAGGGGGGCGCCUGAGGGGAAAUCCAGAGCCGAGACGGAGGAGAGCAAGAUCUGCAAGAUUUACACCGACUGGGCGAAUCACUACCUGGCCAAGUCGGGCUGUCCGCGGCUCAUCAAGGACCUGAGCCAGGACGUCACCGAUGGAGUCCUGCUGGCCCAGAUCAUCCAGAUCAUAGCAAAUGAAAAGGUGGAGGACAUCAACGGCAGCCCCAGGAGCCAAUCGCAGAUGAUCGAGAAUGUGGACGCCUGCCUCAGCUUCCUGGACGCCAGAGGAGUGAACGUACAAGGGCUCUCAGCAGAAGAGAUCAGGAAUGGCAACCUAAAGAGCAUCCUGGGCCUCUUCUUCAUCCUGUCGCGCUACAAGCAGCAGCAGCAGCAGCAGCAGCAGUACUACCAGUCCCUGGUGGAGCUCAGCCAGCAGACCAGCAGCGCCGCGUCGUCCGCCGGCAGCCUCAAGACGCAAGAGAUGCAGUCCAGUCUCACAGCACGAUAUGCAAGUCCUCCGGGCCACAGCGGAAUAGGGACACCGCAGAAGAAGAACACAAGGUUACCGGGGCCCUCCAGGGUCCCUGCUGCAGGCAGCGGGGCCUCCAGGAGCCCAGGCUCAUCCAACCUCAACCGCCGCAGCCAGAGCUUCAACAGCAUCGACAAGAGCAAGCCUCUGCAGUAUGCCAGCGGCAACGACAGAGAAUCGGUGAGGGGCAUCCCCGUGCCCGGCGGCAUGAACGGGACCGGAGUUGGUGGAACGGUUCCCACCAGCCUCAGCGGGCAGCAGCUGGCCUCUGCCAUCCCCUCGCCGACCGCCGGCAAGUCCUGGCGCAGCAAGUCCAUGAACCUCAAGCACAGCGCCACGUCGUCCAUGCUGGCCAGCCCCACGCACUCGCCCUCUCCCACCCCUCCGCCUCAGGCCUCAGAGCGCCUGCGGCCACCCGGGAGUGACGGCACCAAGGCGGGGUCAGGUGUCGGAGUCGGCGCCGCCCCGCAGAGAUCCAUGCUGGAGAAAUUUCGUCUGAUCAACCCUCGAUCGGCCUCGCGGACGUCACCGUCUGUGGCGGAGAUGGCCCUGCAGGAAGAGGACGACCUGUCGGAGUACGGCGAGGACGGCCUGAUGCCCACGGGGUCGGGGUGCAGCGGCGGCGGUAGCAGUGCUACAGCCAAGCAAACAUCCACCAAAACCUCCAUCUCUGCACCGGGCAAGUCCUCCUCUUCCUCGUCCCCGUCCUCGUCUUCUUCCAAGGCCUCCGCCAAGUCCCUCGCCUCGCCCAAAGACAAGGAGGACAAGAGCAGGUCCAGCAAAGCCUCCAAAGCCAGCUCCCCGCCUAAAGAGGAGCGUGAGCCGCCGGCCGAUUCCACCAAGAAGACCUCCAAGAUCGCCAGCCUCAUCCCCAAAGGAGGAAAAGCGUCGUCGGGCAAGAAAGACGGGACCGCCUCCCCGGCCUCCAGCGGCAUCCCCAAGUCAGGACUCAAAGCUCCGUCCACCUCGGCCUCCAAACCCCAGGCCCAGACCCAAAGCCAGGCCGCCCUGAACAGCAGCGGCAACCUGCGGGGCGGGGAGGGAGAGAAACCCAAGCUGACCAAAGGCGGUCAGGGCGGCAGCUUCUACAUCCAGCGCUCCCUCGGGGGCCUGGAGGGCAAACGGACCAGCAUGACCUCCUCCACCAGCACCUCAGCCCUGUCCGGGUCCAGCGGCGUGAUGGGAGGAGGAGGUGGAGGAGGAGGAGGCGGCGGAGGAGGAGCGCUGGGAGGGAACGGAGUAGUGCAGCUUCCUCAGCAGCAGCAGCACAACCACCCCAACACUGCCACCGUGGCCCCCUUCAUGUACAGGACGUUCUCCGAGAACGACUGCACCAUGGUGGCCCCCGCAGACCCCUGCCUCAGCCCCACCAAGGGAGAGCUGGUCUACAGCAAGACAGCCAAGCAGUGCCUGGAGGAGAUAUCAGGAGAAGACCCCGAGACGAGACGCAUGCGCACGGUGAAGAACAUCGCCGACCUGCGGCAGAACCUGGAAGAGACCAUGUCGAGCCUGCGGGGGACGCAGAUCAGCCACAGUACUCUAGAAACGACCUUUGACACCACCGUAACCACCGAGGUGAAUGGGCGGAGCCUACCAGCCCUCGCCACGCGCUCCUCCCCCAUGGCCUGGCGUCUGGGCCAAUCACAAACCCCGCGUCUCCAGGCGGGCGACGCCCCCUCCAUGCCCAGCGGCUACGCUGCGCCCAGGGCGGGCUCGACGGGCGCUGGCACCACCGCCGGGCGAUACGGCGGGCACUCGGACCCCUCCAGGUUUGUGUACAGCGCCCCCCUGAGGCGAGCAGCAAUGGCGGCAGGGGCGAGGGGGGCGGAGCAGGGGGAGAAGGGAGGAGCAGGGCCAGAAGGAGGGAUGGAGAUGGAGAUGGCAGGGUACAUGAGUGAUGGGGACGUCCUGGGGAGGAACGCCCGGACCGAUGAGCUCACCAGCGGAUACCUUACGGACGGCGGCCUCCAUCUGUACGCGCGCAACGCAGGCCGAACCUCUGACCUGGCCUCGUCUCGAGACAUUUCCCAGAGAGGAGGCAAAGACAUGCAGGGAGACAUCGACAGUUGGGACGACAGCAGUUCGGUGAGCAGCGGCCUGAGUGACACGCUGGACAACAUCAGCACCGAUGAUCUGAACGCGCCCGCCUACUCCAGCGCCGGCUCGUCGUCACGCAAAAACAAAGGAACGCAGUCCCAGAAAGGAAGCAGAUCCAAGCAUGCAGAGCAGGAGGUGAGCAGCAGCUGGGCCGGAGCCGAGGACCUGAAGAAGGUGGAGGAGGAGCUCGAGGCGAGCAUGGACCCCAGCGGCGCUUCCUCCCGCUGGAAGCCUUCGUCAUCCUCCUCUUCCUCCCAGCCGCAGGGCCAGUAUGAGGACGCCGGUCAGAAGGCCGCCGCGCUGGCCCAGAUAUCCCAGACAGGCUCGUGGAGGCGGGGCAUGACAGCCCAGGUGGGCAUCACGCCACCCCGGACCAAGAGCACCUCUGCCUCCCUCAAAACACCUGGUAAAACUGAUGAUGCAAAGGCCUCGGAGAAGGGCAAGGCCCCGUCCAAGAGCUCCGCCAGCAUCCAGCGUUCGCCCUCAGAUGCCGGAAAGAGCAGCGGGGACGAGGGUAAGAAACCUCCCUCUGGCAUCGCACGCCCGCCCACGACAGGGUCCUUCGGGUACAAGAAGCUCCCCGGCCCCACGGGCACCCUCAUCACCUCCAGCGGAGCGACUCUUGCCAGCGGGUCCGCCACCCUGGGCAAGGUGCCAAAAUCCUCGGCAGCCCUUGGCAAAGGCACCGGCAUCGGCGGCGUCCGUAAGACCAGCCUGGACGGCUCGCAGCCCCAGGACGACGGCAUCCUGCUUGGCUGCGGCGGCUCCAAAGUUCCCCUGCAGUACCGGUCCCUGCCCAGGCCGGCCAAAUCCUCCAGCGGGGUGGCGGCGGGGCGCAGCGGGCAUCGCUCCAGCUCCAGCAGCAUCGACUCCAACGUCAGUGGCAAAUCGGCCGGAGGGGCGGCAGCUCCAGCCGGCGCCAAACGCAGGGAGGCCGGGAAGGAUCGCUCGAGCCCCAUCAACAUCAACCAGACGGACAAGGAGAAGGUGGCGGUGUCCGACCAGGACACCUCAACCGGACUGUCCACCUCCCCCAAGUCCAGCCCCACCUCCACCUCAGCGGGCCAGUCGGGCCUCCGGCAGCCCGGCUCCAAGUACCCCGAUAUCGCUUCACCCACCUUCCGCAGAUUAUUUGGCACCAAAGCCAGCAGCAAGGCCAGCUCCCCGGGCACGCCCGACUCUGGCAAGUGCCCGUCGGUGCUGGGCAGCCCCCACGGCACGCUGGCGAGGCAGGCCAGCCUGGACUCCCCCUCCUCUGGCACCGGGAGCCUGGGCAGUGCCGGCGGCAUGAGCGGUGGCAGCAGCCCGCUGUACGGUAAAACGCCAGACCUGUGCACUGACUCGCCGGCGUCCAGCCCGGCCUCGGGCCUCUCCCUGCCCUCCAACGCCCGGCCCUGGCCUGCCUGUAGCUCCUCGGCCGGCAGCAAGGACACACUGAGCUGCCAAAGCAUGACCAGUCUGCACACCAGCUCUGAGUCCAUUGAUUUGCCGCUGGGCCACCACGGGCCCAAGGUGACACGAACCGGCAGUGUCAAGUCCACCCUGUCCGAGGGCAUGCCUCUUGACAGAAACACGCUCCCCAAAAAGGGACUGAGGUACCCUCCGUCCUCCAGGCAGACGUCCCAUGAGGAGGGCAAGGAGUGGCUGAGGUCCCAUUCGACCGGGGGGCUGCAGGACACCGGCAGCCAGUCGCCGCUUUCUCCCCCGGGAGCCGCCUGCACCACCACCGGAAAAUACCACUACUCCAACCUGCUGAGUCCCACCAACAUCAGCCAGUACAACCUGCCCCCCAGCAACGGCAGCAUGAGCCGCUCCAACAGCAUCCCGGCCCAGGACUCCUUCGACCUGUACGGGGACGGACACCCGCUGGGGGGCAGCGCCACCUCGCUGGAGGAGCGCCCGCGGGCCAUCAGCCGCUCCGGCUCCUUCAGGGACAGCACUGACGAGGUCCACGGCUCCUCGUUGUCUCUGGUGUCCAGCACGUCUUCGCUCUACUCCGCCACGGAGGAGAAGGCUCACUCGGAGGGCCAAACAGUCCAAAAUUGCACGCAAAUCAGAAAGCUGCGUCGGGAGCUGGACGCCUCUCAGGAGAAGGUCGCGACUCUGACGUCUCAGCUGUCUGCCAACGCUCACCUGGUGGCGGCGUUUGAGAAGAGCCUGGGGAACAUGACCUGCCGCCUGCAGAGCCUCACCAUGACCGCCGAGCAGAAGGAGUCAGAGUUGGCAGAGUUGAGGGAGACGAUCGAGAUGCUGAAGACGCAGAACACCGACGCCCAGACGGCCAUCCAGGUGGCGCUCAACGGCCCCGACCACCUGCACAAAGACCUGCGGAUCAGACGGCAGCACUCAUCAGAGAGCAUGUCUAGCAUCAACAGCGCGGCCAGUCACUCCAGCAUGGGCAGCCUGGGCAAGGACGCCGAAGACAAGAAGAAGAAGAAGAAGAGCUGGGUGGCUGAUUCCAUCCCGGCUCAGCUGCGCAGCUCCUUCAAGCAGGCGUUCAGCAAGAAGAAGACCAAGUCGCAGUCGGCCCACGACGAGAUGGAGGAGAUGACCGACUCGCUGCCCUCCUCGCCCAAACUGCAGCACGCCAACCGGCAGGGCAGCAUCCCCACGCUGCGCUCCUCCCCCUCCACCACAGAGCUGUGCGAAUGCACCGAGGCCGAAGCGGAAAUCAUCCUGCAGCUGAAGAACGAGCUGAGGGAGAAGGAGCUCAAGCUGACGGACAUCCGGCUGGAGGCGCUUAGCUCCGCCCACCACCUGGACCAGAUCCGAGAGGCCAUGAACCGCAUGCAGAACGAGAUAGAGAUGCUGAAAGCGGAGAACGACCGGCUCAAGUCCAGCGGCAACGCCACGCCGACCGCCACGCCCGUCAAGACGGCCCGGCCGCCCUCCGAGACCUCCAGCACGUCCUCGUCCUCCUCGCGUCAGUCCCUGGGCCUGUCGCUCAACAACCUCAACAUCACAGACACCAUCAUGUCAGAUAUUCUGCUGGACGACGGCUACGAGGGAAAUCUGCGCAAAGAGGGCCGCAGUGUGCGAAUAGUUGUCACCAUCAACAGCAGCUUCAAAAAGACCAAGGGUAUGCAUAGCCAAGAAUACCUGAUCGGCUCCAUAGGUGUGAGUGGGAAAACCAAGUGGGACGUCCUGGACGGGGUCAUCCGGCGUCUCUUCAAGGAGUACGUGUUUCGGGUGGACCCUCUGACCAGCCUGGGUCUGAGCUCGGACAGCAUCGUGUGCUACAGGAUGGGCGAGGUGGUUCGCGCCCACGCCUCCGAAGUGCCUGAGCUGCUGCCCUGCGGCUACCUGGUGGGCGACAACAACGUCAUCAAAGUCAGCCUGAGAGGUGUGAAGGAGAACAGCAUAGACAGCCUGGUGUUUGACACUCUCAUCCCGAAGCCCAUCAUCCAGCGGUACCUCAACCUGCUGAUGGAGCACCGUCGGAUCAUCCUGUCGGGACCCAGCGGCACCGGAAAGUCCUUCCUGGCCGCCAAGCUGGCCGAGUACAUCGUCUCCAAGAUGGGGCUGGAAAUCACGGAGCACAACGUGGCCAGCUUCAACGUGGACCAGAAGUCCAGCAAGGACCUGCGUCAGUACCUGUCCAGCCUGGCGGAGCAGUGUAACUCAGAGGAGACGGAGACGGAGCUGCCCAUCGUCGUCAUCCUGGACAACCUGCACCACAUCGGCUCCCUCAGCGACAUCUUCAACGGCUUCCUCAACUGCAAAUACCACAAAUGCCCGUACGUCAUCGGAACCAUGAACCAGGGAGUCUCGUCCUCUCCGAACCUCGAGCUUCACCACAACUUCAGGUGGGUGCUGUGCGCCAACCACACGGAGCCGGUCAAAGGCUUCCUGGGCCGUUUCCUGCGGCGGAAACUGAUCGAGACGGAGAUCGACAAGAACAUGCGCAGCAACGACCUGAUCAAGAUCAUCGACUGGAUCCCCAAGACCUGGCAGCACCUCAACGGCUUCCUGGAGGCCCACAGCUCGUCUGACGUCACCAUCGGCCCCCGUCUCUUCCUGUCCUGUCCCAUGGAUGCUGAAGGAUCGCUGGUUUGGUUCACCGACCUGUGGAACUACUCGCUGGUGCCCUACCUGCUGGAGGCCGUCAGGGAGGGGCUUCAGCUGUACGGGAAGCGGGCGGCGUGGGAGGACCCGUCCAAGUGGGUGAACGAGACGUACCCGUGGAGCGCCACCUCCCUGCAGCAGGACGGCCAGUCGCUGCUGCAGCUGCGGCCGGAGGACGUGGGGUACGACGGCUACAGCUCGUCCAAGGAGGGAGCCUCGUCCAAGCAGGUGUCCCAGAGCGACACGGAGGGAGACCCGCUGAUGAACAUGCUUCUGCGGCUGCAGGAGGCGGCCAACUACUCCAGCACGCAGAGCUGCGACAGCGACAGCACCAGUCACCAUGACGACCAGCUGGACUCCUCGCUGGAGUCGGCGUUAUGAGACCGGGGGGCGCCGGAAACCUCGGAACCGUGGAACCUCGGACGUCCGGGACACCUCGGAACCCCGGAAUCCCCGGAGCACCGGAAACCCCUGGGAACCCCUCGGAUCUCCGGAACACCAGAACCCUGGAACUCGGGAAAACUCGGGAACCCCCGGAACUCCGGAACCUCGGAAUCCUAGAACCAUGGCGACGACCUGACACCUUCCAACCAGUGCACAGAUACACCAUGAGACAUGUGAUAUAUGAAGGGUUUUAUUAUCCGAAAUGGGAUACCGGCCAUUUGGAAAAAAAAAAAA